AUGAGGCUUGCGGCAGGAGCGGGUUCACUUCCACCACGCCCACCUCACGUCAUUGCGAGCCAUCGGCUUCGAAUCCGGAAUAUUCUGAUACCACCCCUACUUGUGCGCCUCUUUAGCAACAAACGAAUAGACGCGGACAGAUACAAGAUUCGCAAACCACACAUCCCGGAUCCCCGAUUUACGACAAAGCUCAAGUCAUCUUUGAUAGACGCCAUUCGAGCCCAAAUCAAGAGGGCAUUCAGCCUGGAUCAGCCCAUAGCUAUGAAUGAACCGAAUUGGGACCCUCGCCCCCCCAAACGACCUAAGCUUGAGGAGUCUCAGGCCAGUGGAGAGAUUUCUGAGGAUGGGCUCACUGUCCCUUUGAGUCAGGCGAGUCCGGGCUAUCCCCGAGCAGCCAACAGUUCCUCCAACAAAGACAGUUCGAAGGAAAUCGAGGUAGGUAUCACCACCUUCGUUAAUGGCUCCCGGGCCACCUUCCACGGCGUCCUCAAGAAGAGAUACACCGAUUUCUUGGUCAACGAAAUCUUGCCAGACGGGACUGUCUUGCAUCUGCAGAAAACAAGUGCGAAAACUGCGGCAGACUCACCUCCCAAAGCUGAUAUUUUCAACUCGUCAAUCAAGGAGGAUCAGGCCCUAAGCAACGAGGAAACCCCGAAUGAUGACACCUUAGGUUGCGCACAAGACCAGGGCGCCGACAGUAACGGACCCUCCUCAAGAGAAAACCAUCAAGGCAAACAGGAGAAGGAGGCUUCAGAGGUGACUAUGGUUACUAUAAUGAUAGAUACUGUAACUAACAUGUAUCAGGUUUCCGACAGCGAUCGUGCAAAACUGGUUGAAUAUUUCAAUGAAGAAGCUGUCGGCCAGCUGAUGGCUUUGUACCAGUCCAUUCUCAGGGAUCCACGUAAAAAAUCCCGUGAACAUCCUACUGUCCGGACACCGUUUACUUCCGACCGCACUAUUCGAUCCCGGAUACACCAGGACAUUCGUCAGAUUUUUCACCGCAAAAUCGAUUCGUCAACUGACAAAGAUGGCAUUUUAGUCCUCACGGCGGCGACAUCAAAUAGCCGUGGCCGAGGAAGGCCGGUGCCCGGUGAGAAAGAACGACCCGGAAGGCUUGGCUGGCUGGACCGUGGCGGCGAGUUCCUUCAUUUCACCUUGUACAAAGAGAACAAAGACACGUUGGAGGUGAUUUCCUUCCUCACCAAACAGCUGAAGACCACGAACAAGACGUUUCAGUUUGCCGGGACCAAGGAUCGACGGGCCGUGGCCGUACAGAGAGUUAGUGCCUAUCGUAUCGAAGCCGAGCGACUGGCCGCUCAAAAUAAGAACUUGCACUUUGCGGCGGUGGGAGACUUUCAAUAUCAGAAACAAGGCCUGGAGCUUGGAGCGCUUAGUGGGAAUGAGUUCGUCGUCACUCUCAGAGACUGCCAGCUCGCCGGAUCACCCGAUGUGAACGCUUCUGAAAAACUGUCAGCAACUCAGUCCUAUUUGUCGCAGUCACUGCAAUCGCUACGCGAGAAGGGGUUUUUGAAUUUCUUCGGCUUACAGCGCUUUGGAGCAUUCACGACGCGGACUGAUGCGGUCGGCGUGAAGAUACUUCAGGGAGACUUCCAAGCCGCUUGCGACGCAAUUCUAGACUUCUCUCCGGUUGCCCUGAAGUCCGAUGAACCAGCCGUAGUUGUUGCCGAAGACGACCGGGCCAGAGCUGAAGGUAUAAACAUUUGGAGGACCACGGGGAAAAUCAGCGACGCUCUUGACAAAAUACCUCGAAAAUUUUCCGCAGAAAUCGCGGUGAUCAGGCAUUUAGGACGGAGACCUCAAGACUUUCUCGGAGCGUUGCUUUCUAUACAGCGGAAUCUGAGACUAAUGUACGUCCAUGCCUAUCAAUCAUUAAUAUGGAAUUUGGCCGUCGGCGAGCGGUGGAAACUCUUCGGGAGCUCUGUGGUUGAAGGGGAUCUUGUCCUGGUCCAGGAACACAAGGACAAAGAAUCAAAAGAAACAGGCGAGGAAGUGAACCCAAGCGUUGAUGCCGACGGGGAAGUUGUGAUACAACCCUCGGGUGAAGACCGAGCAUAUGACCCAGAUGAUAUCUUUGAGCGAGCAAGACCGCUUUCUCCUGCCGAAGCCGCCAGCGGUCAGUACUCGAUUUUCGAUAUCGUCCUCCCACUUCCGGGAUUCGAUGUGCUUUAUCCCGCCAACGCAAGCGGCGAGUGGUACAAGAUCUUCAUGGCGACUGACGCCGGCGGCGGCCUUGACCCCUACAAUAUGCGCCGAAAGCAGAAGGACUUCAGUCUAAGCGGAGGAUACAGGAAGAUGCUGGCGCGGAUCAGCGCGGACUAUGAUGUACAAGUUCACGAGUACGUUGAUGACAACAAGCAGUUUGUCGAAACGGACAUGGAGAGACUUAGGGGUGGUCGAACGACAAAGACCAUCGAGGGAAAUUUACAAGGAGAACCGGAGGGUGAACCUGAGGGCGAGGGAAAAAAGACGCGAUCGCAGCCGAAACUGGCCGCCGUGCUCAAGUUUCAAUUGGGUUCAAGUCAAUAUGCGACCAUGGCAUUAAGAGAGCUAUCCUGUGGAGGUAUCCAGGCUUACAAACCUGAAUUCACAGGUGGAAAAUAA